AAAUCACAGAUUAAUUAAGUUUAUUUAUUUGAAACAUGGCAUCAACUAUUGGCAUUGUGAUGAUGAUGAUGAUGAUGAUGGUGCCCUUAACUUGUCUAGCAAGUGAACUAAGUGUGGAUUACUAUGAGCAUACAUGCCCUCAUGUAGACUCCAUUGUAGCUGGUGCAGUACACAAAGCAACCAUGAAUGACAAAACCGUUCCAUCUGCUUUGCUUCGCAUGCAUUUUCAUGAUUGCUUCAUAAGGGGGUGUGAUGGGUCUAUUCUUUUGGAAUCAAAGGGAAAGAAUAAAGCAGAAAAAGACGGGCCACCAAACAUAUCAUUGCAUGCAUUUUAUGUAAUUGAGAAUGCUAAGAAAGCAUUGGAAGCCAUUUGUCCUGGUGUUGUAUCUUGUUCUGAUAUUUUGGCUCUUGCUGCUAGGGAUGCUGUCACUCUGAGUGGAGGACCAAGUUGGGAAGUACCUAAAGGAAGAAAGGAUGGUAGAAUAUCAAAGGCUGUUGAAACAAGACAAUUACCAGCUCCCACUUUCAACAUCUCUCAGUUACAACAAAGCUUCUCGCAAAGGGGACUUUCUUUGGAAGAUCUUGUUGCCCUAUCAGGAGGUCACACCUUGGGAUUUGCACACUGUUCAUCCUUCCAAAAUAGAAUACAUAAAUUCAGCCCCAAACAAGGCAUUGACCCAUCUUUGAACCCAUCAUUUGCAAACACACUCCAAAGCAAAUGUCACAUUGAAAACAAGGUGAAAAAUGCAGGGUCCACAUUGGAUUCAAGUGCAACAUAUUUUGAUAAUGCUUACUACAAACUACUACUUGGAGGAAAAAGUAUACUCUCUUCUGAUCAAGCUCUACUCACUCAUCCAACCACUAAAGCUUUGGUUUCCAAAUAUGCUGAUUCCCAAAUUGAAUUUGAAAGAGCUUUUGUUAAAUCUAUGAUUAAGAUGAGUAGCAUCAUCAAUGGUGGACAAGAAAUCAGGCUCCAAUGUAAUCUCAUUAGAUGAUCACUUUAUGCAUUCUAACCCUUUAAUGUUAAAUGUAUGGAGAAGAAAAAAACUCCAUAGCAUAUCAUGUUGUAUUUAAUUGAAAUUGCAGGUAAGUGUUGAGUGAAAUUUAUUUUGUUUAUGA